GAUAAAAUCCAAUCGGAUCAUAGAGUUGUUGUUGCAUCAGGUAUCCUUGCAAUCGUCCGAUAUGUAUACGAGCGAUUUACAAAGAGACGUGAGUUAGAUAACUGAAGAAGAAAACAGUGUUUCUUAGAAGGGACAUCUUCAAGAUAAUAUGUGAAUUGUACCAACACGAUGUUUUGCUUGAAAUAUAUGAGAAGCGUUAAGCACCCUCCGUUACUGAACUUUCUGUCGAGGAAUCGUUAUUCCCGACGAAGUGAUAAGAACACGAGCACGUACAAAGUGGUUAAAACGGACGGUGAAAAUAUAGAUGAUAUGGAUGAAACUGUUCUUGAUAUAAAUUCCAAUUGGGAGUUGCUGACACCUAGAGGUUUUCGUUUUUACCUGCCAGGCAGCGUAGGUCCUGGUUGGUCCGAUGUAACGACUACUGCACAGGUCAGAACACAAUUGUUAGACAUCUCGAACAGCAAGAAUAACAACAAUAGUGAACAAGCUACGAUUGAAUGGACGGAUGUGCGACCGACACUCCAUUGCACAGCUCAAGAAUGCCCAUUGUUGCUAAGAAAAGGUAUAGAAGAACUUUUUCCUGGAUGUAUAGACGUUGGCAGCCCGCAGCUCACGAUAAUUACUAUUUAUCAAAAAACUGAUAAUAAAACCUCUAGAUGGAGCAAAGAAGCGGAAACCGAGAAACUUGCUAAAUACUUCGUACUGGCCGCGUACGACAUUUGUUCCAAGCUGAAAAUGAUCGGAUACUGGGCCGAUUUCAUUAAUCCCUUCAGCGGAAAGCCCCACCUGAACUUGCAAAAGAAGAACACCUUGUACAAGACGGACGAGCGCUUUCGUUGCUUAGGAUUUAAAAUAGUGCAUAGGAGAAAUUGUAAAAUUAUUUUACAUGAUGAUAAUCAUAAAAACCUUAUAGGAAGUCUCUACACUACGGCGCCAGCGAGUACGGCAUUUUUAAAGGAGAUAUUACGCGAUUGCGAGCACGCGGAUCUUCGCGAUUCUUAAUUAAUCGUGAGCAAAGAGUGUCAAUAGAGUGUGGUUGUGUUUAAUCGAAAGACGAUCUUUUGUUCACCACGAAUACAAGACAACUUUCUCCGCAAUCCUGUAUAAAAAACUUGAACAGAAAUAAUAUCAUUAGAAAUUAUAUCAAGA